AUGGUUGGGAGUAUUAAUAAUAGAACAUGUUUCUCUCCUUAUUCUCGAAGUGUCUUGUAUAGCGAAAAUCCAAGCAUGAAAGGUCGUUUCCAGGCUUCUCGAAGGUUUACAUAUCUGGGCUUCCUUACGACGCUAGCUGUGCUGAGCUGGUUAACGCUAGCAGAUGUGCACAAUGACGAUGAAGUGACAGAGUCCGCCCUCUUGAGCGAUCGACUAAAGUUCCGAGACUUAUCCAGUGAGAAUAUUGAGAACUCGCGUAAAGCGUCCCAGGAGCUCGAAAAGCAAAUUGUGGAUUCAGAAGACACCUACUACGAUGAGCAAAGGCGUAUAUUGGGAACGACGCAUUUCUCAGAAAACACGUACUCUAGGCAGCCCUAUGUGGCCAACGGGUAUAUUGGGAGUCGAAUCCCAAAUGUAGGGUUUGGCUACGCACUAGAUACACUCAACUUGUGGACGCCAAACUCGACUGUGGCAGGCGCACUUGAUAAUGGGUGGCCACUGAGAAAUCAGCGUUUCGCCGGCGCGUUUGUCGCUGACUUUUACAGUUUACAAGCUCAUCUCAACUCAACAAACUUUCCGGAGCUUGACAAGAAGGGUUACACCACGGUGAUUACUGCCAUACCACAGUGGACAGACCUUAGUUUCUCGCUAAACGACACCUUCAAGUUCAAUCCGGUUGAUGUUCAUUCUGACAGCAUCACCAACUACAAACAAAAUCUAUCUAUGUCUGAAGGAAUUGUGACCACAGAAAUGGACUGGCAUGAUCUCUUACACAUAGAGACAACAAUAUUUGCGCAUCGUACUAUUCAUCCUCUUGGUGUGGUGUCCAUGGAUAUUACUCUGAAUACUUCUGCCAAUCUUGAUGGCGCCGACUACUUGGAUUUACAAAUAACUGACAAGCUGAACUAUUCGACUUCAAGAAGGGCUUUUCUGAGAAAUCUGGGUUAUGAAACAGGAUCGAUAUACAUGACCGUUGAGCCGGACAAUGUGCCUUAUUCAUCUGCAGUUCUUUACUCUUCACUGGAAUUUCCGUCUCAGUCGUUACUCAAUGGAACUCUCUAUCGGAUAAAUGACAAUAACAGUACAGUUAGUCAAAAUCAAUAUGUGAGAAUUACUAAGGACUCCCCACAGAUAAACAUAAAAAAAUACGUGGGAAUUGUAUCUUCGGAAUUUCCAAGAGAUGAUAAUUCUACAAACUUCGAACUUUCGAAGCAAAUUGUGGAAGAAAACAUCGGACACUAUGAUUCACUUCUAGCCUCUCACAUUCAAGGUUGGUCUGAUCUAUAUAACAAUACUGAGGUGGAGAUACCUUCUGACAGUCUACUCGAACUGGCCGCUAGAUCCUCAAUUUUCCACUUGUUAGCUAAUACUAGAAGCGAGGAUGUAUCACCGGAAAGAGGAUUACCAUUACCUGUCGCCGGAUUAAGUUCGGAUUCAUAUGGUGGAAUGGUUUUCUGGGAUGCAGACAUAUGGAUGAUGCCCUCAUUGCUUCCUUUUUUCCCCGAAAUUGCGAAACAAAUAGUGAAUUAUCGAAAUGUUACUCAUAGUCAGGCUGUGUUGAACGCCCAAGAAAAUGACUACCUGGGUGCAGUCUACCCCUGGACUUCUGGAAGGUACGCUAAUUGUACUUCUACGGGGCCAUGUAUUGAUUACGAAUAUCACAUUAACGUUGAUAUUGCCAUGAGCUCAUUUUUGCUUUAUCUCAGCGGAGGGGCAGAAGCAGAUGAAGAUUAUCUUAGAUAUACGACCUGGCCUAUAUUGAGAGAUGCAGCAAGAUUUUUCACAUCCUAUGUUAAAUUCAAUUCAACGCUAGGGAUGUAUGAAACUAAAAACAUGACCGAUCCUGACGAGUUUGCGAAUUUCGUCGACAAUGGGGCGUUCACAAAUGCAGGGAUUAAGACUUUAUUGAAGUGGGCAACUGACGUAGGUACUUAUUUGAAGUACGACGUUGAUUCGAAAUGGGCCGAAGUCUCUGAACAUAUGUUUAUCCCAAUUUCGCAAGCUAAUAUCACUUUGGAGUACACCGGUAUGAACGCUUCUGUGGAAAUCAAACAAGCAGAUGUUGUGUUAAUGACCUAUCCACUAGGUUUCAUUACUGAUGCAACAAUUCUCAAUAAUGCUAUAAAAGACCUUUAUUAUUAUUCUGAACGUCAAUCUGCGUCUGGGCCUGCUAUGACAUACCCUAUUUUCGUAGCUGCGGCCUCUUCUCUUCUCAAUCACGGUUGCUCUUCACAAAGUUACCUUUACAAGUCUGUCUUACCAUACUUGAGAUCCCCUUUUGCCCAAUUUAGUGAGCAAUCGGACGACAAUUUUCUCACCAAUGGGCUGACACAGCCUGCCUUCCCUUUCUUAACAGCAAAUGGUGGGUUUUUGCAAGCCAUUUACUUCGGUCUAACAGGACUUCGCUAUUCUUAUAAGCUCGAUAAUUCUACCGGGGAACUUGUUCGGUUUUUGAAAUUUGAUCCUGUCCAGAUGCCAUUGCUCCCUGGUGGUAUCACAUUGAGGGGUUUUAGGUACAUGGACCAAAUAUUGGAUAUUGUAAUUGAUGAUGCCGCUGCUACUGUGUAUCACAAGUCGGGAAACUCAUCAGUAAUUAUUGAAAUCUCUGACCGGAGUAUCAUUUACGAUCAAAGCAACAUUUUCUUUGAAAAUGGCAGUACAUUGCAGUUUAAAAAACGGGACCUCCCUGGAACCUCUUAUACGCUGGAGCCUGGAUCUCAGCUUGUGUUCCCGCUGUUCAAACCGAAUCUAAAUAUUGACGGUAAUAUCGCUGAGGGCAAGCAGAUCACAAACUUCACAGCCGGAGUAUCUGGAGAUGUGGUUUAUUCUGUGAUUGACGGUAAUAAUUACACACACUGGCAGCCACUGGAUAAAUAUGAGAAUGCUAAGCUCUUGAUCGAUCUGGGACCAGGUAACGAUGAAGCGGUAACGCAUGGCAUGAUAUUGUGGGGGCAGCGGCCUGCUCGAAACAUGUCAAUAUAUGCUUUGUUACUUUCUGAGCAAACUGAGCUGCUUCUUCAAAACACAUCUUCCACUGACCAGUACGAAAUUCAAGAUAUUAUGUCACCCUCUUUGAACAACGAGUUCAAAAAUGACAUUGAUGAAGACUUCGAGAAGUUUUUAACAUGGAAAAUGCUGGAUAUUAAUGACUUUGCGCAGAUUGCGUCCAAUCUGACCAUUUUAGAAGGAAGGUUCGUUCCACUAUUGGAGAACCUGCGUAUCACUCCUUCUGAGCCUUACUACGAACAACAUGAGAAGAACUCUGAAAUUGACAUUCUACCUAGCAAUAGGACUAAGUUCACCAUCAAUUAUCAGAAUGUUUCGGCAUACGGUGGUGCAAACUCAUCUAAUGAUAAUAGUUCUUCGGCAUUUAUUCCCAGGUAUUAUUUGAUCAGUGUCGAGGGAACUUACGACGAUGAUGAUGACGACAACGGAGCUACAAUUAAUGAGAUAGCAUUCAUUGCUAAUUGA